CCCUCUUUUUCUUUCUAUCAAUCUCGAUCUCGAUUUCGAUCUGUUUAGGGUGUUUGGAGUUCUCGAUUGGCGGUGAUGGCGAUCGAUGCGCGAGCUGUGCUAUUGAUGGGCCUUUCGAUUGUAUGCGCUGUCAUGCACCCUUGGGAAUCCGUGGAUGCUAGACCCGACAAGGCAACGAGGGAGAAGUUCUACGGUGCUCUAGUAAUGGGAUCAGCUCCUCAGAAAUCCGGGGAUGGAACCAUUGCUGAUAUGUUUGAUAAAGUGCUCGAGAAGGAGUUCUCUGAGAACGAGGCCCCCGAAGAUAAGGGUUUGGGAUGUUGUGUUUGAGGUGUUUGGCGUUUGAGGUGUUUGGUGUUUGGCGUUUGGUUGGAAAGAAAAAGACUACCUGGGGUUGUGUUACCUUUACUUCAAGUGUUUCUUGGAGCGUUUAAGAUCAACCUUGAGCUGUUUGCUCAUUGUUGCCUUAUCAAUCUUUAAACAUUGUGCUAUGUUGAACUUUGACCUAAUAUUGUUAUGCUUUAUCACUUGCCAAAUCAUCAUGAUUCCAUUUGGAAUUUAUACUUUGCUCUUGUUCAUCUAUUAAUAGGUGAUGUUUUCCAUUGGUUUUAUACAAAUGACAAUUUUUCCCAUUUUCCAGGGCCUGACACAAGUAGCUUCAACAACAGCGUAGCUGACCAUCAAGUAGGCUGUUUUGGAGACUGUGGCUAUAAUUUCUCAUGACAAGUCAAAGAAGAAUGAUUCUACAGAAACAAACUCAACUAGAUCAUUCCAAAUUAAAGAUGUUUUCAGUCUGGAAAAUGAGGGUGCUGAUGACAUGACAACCUUGAUUGACAGAAAGGACAACAUGUUUGUCAUGUCAAAUCGCAAAUCAAAGUAUCCUAUGCUACAAGUGGAUUUAAGAUUAAUUUCAGAUUUAGUUGUUGUGAUAGUCUCGGCGACAAUUGGUGGUAUUACCUUUUCAUGCUUGGGGCAGCCACGUCUGAGUCGGCGUCACUCAUCCGCGUCAGCGUCCAACUCACCAUCACUCAUCCCCGUCAGCCCCAAUUUCCUCUUUCUUUUGAGAAAGCCGCGACCCCACCCACUUUCCCCUUUCUCUAGCAACGACCCCACUCCUACUCCAACUCCAACUCCGCAGCCGUGCGACCCCACUCCAGCUCCAACUUCGCUGGCGGUACCAUAAUCCACCUGCAGUCCGAAAUUUCAUUAGAGGUAUCUUUCCUUCAUCGGUGAGGAGGAGGCUGCAUCCCAUAAUCCAACCGAUCAAGGGUGGGAGUGAGAGGAAAGUGGCCCAGCAUCACCGAUUGUAGCAUUUGACCAAGUGAGAGGCAGAUUAGAGCAUAUCACCGGCCCAACAUCAUCGGAGCCUUUCUUCUGCUAACGGGAGCAAGCUUUUGCGCACCAUGGAUGGGAGUUGGCGAGUAAGAUGCGGGAAUGAGGAAGCACCGGAGUAUUUGCCCAUCGCAGAGUACUUCACAAUACACAUGUACUAUGGAUUAGGUGAAUUUCUGAGUUUGAAUGAAGCCAGAUUUGGAGGGUAUGUGGACUUUUGUGAUGCUGAUUUUAUUUCAAGAUUAGAGCUUCUGCAGAUGGCUAGGGAGAUGAAAUUAGAUGUAAUAAGAUGCAGUUUUUGGUGGAGAGAAACUACUGGUGAAGGGGUAAGGAUGGUGGAAAUGAGGAAUGAUUUGGAUGUGAUUAAAAUGGCAAAAUCUGUGGGUGGCAGUAGGAACAUAAACGUUUAUGUCAAGGGGACUACUCAGAUUGGAGUUGAUUGUGGGGAUGGCUUACAAAAUGCUGCAAAUAUUGAUGUUGAUGAAGGGGAGGAUGUGGAGGACAAUUUACCUGACUCACCAGAACAUGCAUCUGUGUUUGGAAAAUUACUUGUAGAUGAAGAGCAGAUUGCUGAUGCUAUUGGUCAUGCUGAUGCUGAUGCCGAUGUUGAUGCUGCUGCUGAUGCUGUUGGUCAUGCUUGUGGUGAUGCUGAUGUUAAUGCUGCUGCUGAUGUUGAUGUUGAUGUUGAUGCUGAUGAUGAUGUUAAUAAAAGUGAUAUUGAAGACUCUGAGUACAGUUUUCAUAGUGAAGAAGAUACAGAGGACAAUGCACCAUCUGAAGAUGAAGUCCCAACGGCAGGCACAGAGAUGCAAGAAGAAGUUACCAGGAAUGUAGUUGAUGACAAUGAGGAUGUUGUCUCUGAAUAUGCUGAAUCCAUGGUUGUCAAAACCGGACCCGGCCCCGACCGAUUCGAUCGGGAAAAACGGGAACCCGCCAUGAGGCCGGUCCCGUUACAUGCAUCGACUCGGCCAUAUAAUAACCUCGACCAAAAACUUCGACGACCCGCUAGGUUAACCCGGAAACCGGUGACCACCGGAUCAAACGGGUUAAAAACUUAA